UGGAAGCUUCGCCGUGGGGUCGGUAACGAAACUUACGAACCGGCGCUGCCGCCUACAGAUGAAUACAAUUGCCCAGAACCCGGCUGGCGGGCUUUGAUCUCACGGAGGAAGCUUCCGCUGAUGCACUGGUCGAUCAUGUGGUUGCAUAAAGGCUUGCGAUGUGCUAUGGAGACUGGUUUCAAUUACUCCAACCUGUGCGACAAAGGCUUGGAUUUCAAGACCCAAGAACAACAGCAGAAGACCCUGCAGGAUCUCUGUACUAUAAAAACUGCAUUCUCGGAGAGCAGUUGUAAGAAUUCUUCGCCAUCUUUUUCUGCUGCCCUCUUGGGGGUCGUGUUGGUCUUUCUCACCAGUGGAGUCCUGUUGAGCUCCUUCUUUCUCGUCUUCACAAUUCGCUUCAGAAACAACAGGCUUGUGAAGAUGUCCAGUCCCAACCUGAAUAUUGUCACUCUCCUGGGCAGUGGCUUGACUUACAGCAGCGCAUAUCUUUUUGGAAUUGAGAUACAGAAUUCAAUGACCAAAUCAUCCAUGGAGAUGCUUGUUCAGGCAAGACUCUGCUUGUUGUGUAUAGGAAGUUCCCUGGCCUUUGGCCCCAUCCUAGGAAAAAGCUGGCGGUUGUAUAAAGUGUUCACUCAACAGGUUCCAGAUAAGAGAGUGAUUAUCAAAGAUUUUCAGUUGCUGGUUAUGGUAUCAGUGGUAGUGCUGGUUGAUAUCAUCCUUCUCUUGAUAUGGAUAUUCUUGGACCCAGUUCAGUGUCUCCAGUGGCUUACUGUAGAUAUGCAGGUGACUGAAAAAGGCAUGACUUGCAUAGCAAUUGAAGGGUAUUUCUGUAUGUCUCUAUACUCUGAUUUUUGGCUAAUUCUCUUUCUGGGAUUCAAGGGUAGUUUGUUGAUAUAUGGAGCUUAUCUUGCUGGUCUAACAGACGACCUCAGUUGUCCUCCAGUUAAUCAGUCCCUGACACUCACCGUUGCAGUAGCCAUUACUUUUUUCUGUACUGGACUUCUGCUGGUAGUGAAUUGGUUUUUCCACUUAUGGCACAACCUGGUGGUUGGAUUUAUAUCAGGAGGAAUCUUUGUUUGUACAUCUACGAUAAACUGCUUGAUCUUUAUUCCACAGCAGGUCAGAGAAGUGAAGGACUUUACAAAACAAAAAGAUGACAUUGGCCAUAUGGCCAAAUAUUUUACUAAUUCCAGCAAGAACUUACAGUCCGCAAUGUAUAGUGAUGAAGAAAUCUACCAGCUGCUAGGAGAGAAACAUUCAAUGAUUCAGCAGCUUGCAGAGAAGAAUACAGCAAUUGCUUUCCUUCAAGAGGAAGUGAACAGUGCUAAAGAGAAGCUGAUGAGACUUACAGCGGCUGAGACCCACAGUGAUGCUGACUCUUUGCAUUUUCUGCAGACUCAUUCUGCAGCUAAUUGUUCUUCUGCUGUAGCCGAAAAACAACCACAAGAUUCUUCCUCACCUGGCCAGGAACAGAAGACACGGCAGACUCCAGGGUUUCCAAAUUCACAGUGCAGGUUAGGAUUAUGUCAUAAAAAAGAGAGCCUUCAUUAUUUAGAAUAUAGAACUCGGCAGACACCAGCACACAUCACUGCAAAGUGCAGGCUUAUGAAUGACUGCACAACUGAUGAUUAUGCCAGUUCCAGACGGGGCCAAGAUCAGUCGUUCUCUCAAUUCACCAACACACUUACUGUGGGUACCAUUCAAGCCCCACAUAGAGAUAGUCCCCCAAGGUCAGGUGAGAAAGCAGAGCAAGCAAAUUCUUCACCUAUGACACCAAACCAGCUCCCAGAGAUCACCUGUAAGAGAAGUAAAAUGCUUCAAGAAACCUUGCAAGAUCUGAGUAUGAAUCACAUUCAUAUCACUGAAAUGCACUCCAGGGGCCAUGAAUUAAAUGAAGAUUAUGACAUGAGUCUAAUAAGCCCAUCACAAGAGGUUAAGAUAGACAUUAAACAAUGUAGUCCUUGUACGGUGACAAGGAAAACAGUUUUUCCCAUGACCCCCAAUACAGUAUGUACUGAAAACAAAAUGCAAACAAGCUGCAGUGGACUGACAAAAUAUUCCCACAUGAUGGUAAGUGCUACCAAGGACAGAUGUUCAUUGCAUCAGUUGUCUACUUUGUCAGCACCAGCGCUUAAGAAUAUGCUUCAGUACAAGACUGAAAACCUGCUGUAUCUGGACAAUACCAGGAACCCUCAUCCUCACAAGAUGCUGACACACAAAGUACUUGGUUCCUUUUACCUUUGUCCUGAUUCUGAUUCUGGCAGCAGCUCCUCUGGAACUACACCUCCACUCUGCCACCACAGACACUACUGUAAAGUUUGCCAUGACAACUUGUCUUCCUCUAGUGACAGCGGCCUCACUAAUAUAGGCUGUGAACCUGGUAUGGCCCAAGACUACUAUAUAAAACCUUAUGGCAAGACCCAGCCUAUUGUGAACUUCAAUGAAGAUUUGGAGCCCACCUAUGUGUAAAAUAUAAAUCUGAGCAUUGUAGCUUUCUACACUGGAAGAGGGCAUCCUGGAAAGGGUCACACACUCCGUUCAUUCAAACAGCCAUUGCUACACAUUUUAAUUGAUUUUCAUUAAGCGCAUAUUCCACUUUCCUGCUUAAAACGGGAAAGAAGGAGGAUAAAGAUUACAUGGAACUGUUUUGAAUAAUAAUAUUGAUGCCAAAGGGGCUAGUGUGUUUUAGUUAUCCUUAACAAUACUGUUGAAUUGAAGCCCGACCAAUAUUAUAGAACUUACAAUCACUGAAGGCCCUCUGGAACUUAAUGGAAUCCUAUACACGUGACUAUCCAGGAAAACCAAUUUCUAAGUUACACCAAACUAACUAAAUCAACGGUUCACACAGAACUAGCUAUGAACUGCAUCAGGUCACAAAUUCUCUGUGGAAUUCAUGUUAUAAUCUCAAUUCUUGGAAAGAUCUGUAUUCCAGAAAGGAUGCCACAAAUCAGACAGCAACAAGGAAGCAGAUGUUGGACAAACUCCAUUCUGAAAGGAAAGUUGCAGUAUCACUUUCUGAGAUUAAAGACCUUCUUCCAACGAUCCAAAUCUGGAUCUGUUUGACCCUGUGCCAGCAAGUUAGUUUUAAAAAGCUGAUCUGCAAAUGACUUAUAUUUUAUCCCUUAAAAUGGCAGUGUUCCCUGCCUGAGCCUUGUUAUUAGAGGGCUUUUUAACAGAAAGGUUCUUCUACAUCUGACUCAUAUCAUUCAUUACUGUCUUUGCUAUUCUUAGUUGUUCCACCAAAAACAGGAGUGAGAGAUAAGUCAAAUUAGCUACUGAAGACUAGGUUAUGAUAGGAGGUCAAGCUGAAUAAUUGCUAUCUGAAAUAGUAUCCUACAAUCCUUGUUUUGCAGAACUUUGAAAAGGUCUUACAAAGAACUUAACAGCACUGAGUGAUGAGAGAAACUAGUGCCUUAUAUUUGUUAUUAUAGUGAUUAAUAUUUAAGAUCUAGCAAACCACCUGCCACUGGUGUGCCUUGUCUGAACUCAGUCUAGCCUAAAUGAAUAUACAAUGCAAUUAAAUGGUUAAAAUGACUGGCUGCAAAGGAAAUGAACUACUUAGCAUCAUAACCAAAUCAAUACAACAAGACAAUAGGUCCCAGGGUCUUUAGUUAUAUGUGGCCCUUUUCAGAAGUGUGGUGGCUUUCUGCCUGUUAUAAUUGUCAUUAAAUUUAUAUGCAAAAUGAGAGGUAAGUAUUGCAGGAAGUGUUUCAUAAAAUCACCUUAUAUAACCAUAACUGGCAAGAAUUUGAUUUUUUUCCAGUGAUGUCUGACUCCUUCCUAUGUUAAUAGGCUGCUUUAAUUAUAUGUAUUGCCUGAUGGUCUCAUGAGAAGAGAAGACUCCCUGGAAAAGACUCUGAUGUUGGGAAAGUGUGAA